AUGUCAUCUUCUACAGCAGCAGGUGUUUCCGUAAUGCCAUUACGAGGUUUCUCACAUCAAUCUGGACAUUAUCGAAGUUCCAUGACCACAACAACCACACAUCCGAAUCCAAGUCUGAGAGGAAAUUCAUCCUCGUCUGCCAACAAUAUUGGUCAUCAUUCACGGAAUCCACAACAUUCCUCCCAUUCAUCAUCACACCUCCAUGUAGCAGCAACAUCAUCGAAUCCUAUUAUAUCUUCGAAUCGAAUACUCGAUACUUCUCAUUCGAACCCUCACACCAAUCUCUAUUAUUCGACCACAGCAAAGAAUUCAUCGAAUGGUCAAAAUAUUCAUUUUUCAAGAAUCAAGAAUGGUCUCGAACACACACCCAAAGAUUCAAGAGAAAAGGAAGCAUUUCGAUAUUAUUGUCCUAUUUGUAUGAUGUAUUUCAAAUUUAUAUUCAAAGUGGAGUGUUGUUCACAGUACAUUUGUAAAUAUUGUAUGGAAGAAUUAUUAGAAAGUCAUAAAGAUUGUCCUUAUUGUUUACAUGCCAAUGUGAAAUUCAAGCAAGUGGAGAGUAAUGAACAAGUAAGAGAUUACAAUGAUGAACCAUUGAUCAAGACACCACCACCAUUCAAGACAUUGAAAAUUGUCAACAAAGUAACACCCAUUGAACGUUCAACACUCACUUUAAGGAAAACUAAAAGUGAAUCUCAACUCAAAUUUGAUAAUUUAUUUACUCUGUCGGACACUUCGAGCAAUGAUGAAAACAAUAUUGAAAGAAAGUUAUCAUUUCCAAGUCAAUGUGGGGAUGAAGAAUUACAAGUGAAUGAUCACGAACAGCCAGUCAAUGAUCUUCAAAAUACUACCUCUUUCAAUCAUCAACCAAACUCCAAGCAUAUUCUUUCAAAUUAUAUUAAGGUCAAGAAGAGACAAACGAAAUCUGCUCCUUCCACACUCUAUUCCAAACCACACCAAAGAAAACAACCAAUGAUUCAAGACUCCAAAAAGGAUGAAUGCACCAAUGAGGAGUCCAAACAAGAAGUUGCAGACGACAUGAAUGAAUUGAAACCUAAUCUCUCCAAUGUUGAAUCUUCUCUUCAACAAGAAAAAGAAUCAGUUCAAGAUGCAUUACCACUGAAAGAGGACAAGACAUUACACAACAACACUCCAAGAAUUGAACAUUUUUCGACACAAAAGAAACCAGAUGGAAAAGUGAAGCAAGAUAUUUCUCAUCAUUGUUGUGUGAUUUUAUAA